AUGGAGUCUUUCAUUCGCCAUAGGCAUACAGGACACGCAAGGUUGUCGCAGCCACCGAGUGAUCAAAACACCUACGCCCUUGGCAGGAUUUUGGGCCAUAAUGUCGUGAUCGCAUGCCUCCCAUCUGGUAACUAUGGAACGACGCCAGCAGCUACAGUUGCCACACAGAUGCUAUCCACAUUUAGUUCGAUUCGAUUUGGCCUCAUGGUUGGUAUCGGAGGGGGGGUUCCUACAACUGCAGAUGUUCGACUGGGGGAUGUUGUUGUCAGCAAUUCAACCGCCCGGUUCGGGGGUGUGAUACAAUACGACCAUGGGAAGGUGGUCAGUGGGGUUUUUGAACAUACUGGGACACUGAAUAAGCCACCUCAAGUUUUAUCGACGGCCAUUUCAGACUUAAGAUCAGAGCAUCAACUGGGCCAUAAUCGGAUACCGAGUUUACUCGCAGAAAUGGUAGAGAAAUACCCGACCAUGUCUCAAUUUACACAUCGUGGUCCGGAGAGCGAUUGUCUGUUUGAGGCCCAUUAUGAUCACCCAGAAUCAGCAAGGACUUGUGACGGCUGUGAUCAUGACAGGCUGGUAUCGCGUCAACCUCGGGUCUCAAACGACCCCCACAUUCAUUACGGCCUAAUUGCGUCUAGCAACAAGGUCAUGAAACAUGGGCAAACACGAGAUAGCUAUGCACGGAAAUACGGAAUUCUUUGCUUCGAGAUGGAAGCGGCAGGACUGAUGGAUCGCUUUCCCUGCUUGGUUAUCCGAGGCAUCUGUGAUUAUGCCGAUUCCCAUAAAAGCAAGCAAUGGCAGGAAUAUGCGGCGGCAACCGCUGCGGCGUAUGCAAAAGAACUUCUUUCUGUGAUCCCAAUAAGUAUCACUCGGGCCAGUCAAAAGGCCAAAGAAGUACUCGAUUCGAAUAUCCCAUCUAGCGAUAUUGUAAGAUUCCUCGCUCUCUCAAACAGGCCGGAAUGGAGUAUUACCCACAAAGUUGGAAGUGGGAAAACACUGGUCACGAGUACGGCUAUUGACUAUAUGAUUCAAGAGUCCAAAAAGUCUGGUGAAUUGGUAGCCCACUUUUUCUACACCCACUCAAACAGAGAUCGACUAAAGGCAAGUCAUUUAUUCGAGAGCUACAUCAAGCAAAUGCUCGGCCAUCUUGACAGCAUGAAGAAGCCAUGCCCUCCUCGAGUACGGGAUUCUAUAAAACAGCUCUGCUGCCCGAAAAGAAACCCACCCACAACCCGGGAGAUCAUCGAUGAGAUUUUCUUUCCUUUUUGUGAGCUACUACCCAGAACGACAUACGUUGCGGAUGGCAUUGAUGAGUGUGAUCCCAAAGAGGUUAUUGAAACACUGAAAACAUUCCGGGAAGUGACAUUGAGGCAUGGCACAAAGGUGCUAAUUUCUGGGAGAGAGGAUCUUGAUGUAGCCCAGUUUGUGUCGGGUUGCAUCAAAAUGACAAUGUCAGAGAAUGACACCAGGCGCGAUAUUCGCCGGUUCAUUGAGUGGAAGAUCGAAGAGAAGAUGUGGGAGCGAGAGCUCACAAAGGACCAAAGUCUGCUACAAGAUGUCAAAAGCAAACUUAACGGGAAUGCCGAACGCAUGUCAGUAUAA